AUGGCUCUGCGCUUGCUAGAUGACAGCAACCACUACGUUACUCCGCAAGACGUGUACAACCUUCUGCUGCUUGGUCACCACGUUCGUCGGACGGAUUGGGCCAAGGAUGUUCUGCCCUUUCUGGGAUGGCGCGUUUUGAGAGCAAGGGCCGUGGCCGCAGGUGAACUCGCAACAUGUGCCAUCAGUGAAGCUGGACAGCUCGUCUGCUUCGGCAACAAUGACUAUGUUCAGUGCGAUGUGCCUCCCGACCUCGGUCCUGUGGUGGCCGUGGCUGCCGGAGCCAGGCACACCUGUGCCGUGAAGGCGAGUGGCGAGCUGGUGUGCUUCGGACACAAUGGGCGUGGUCAGUGCGAUGUGCCUCCCGAUCUCGCUCCGGUGGUGGCCGUGGCUGCCGGAAGAUAUCACACCUGUGCAGUAAAGGUGAGUGGCGAGCUGGUUUGCUUCGGAAACGAUGACUGUGGUCGGUGCGAUGUGCCUCCCGACCUCGGUCCGGUGGUGGCCGUGGCUGCCGGCGGACAUCACACCUGUGCCGUGAAGGCGAGUGGCGAGCUGGUUUGCUUCGGAUACAAUGGCGAUGGUCAGUGCGAUGUGCCUCCCGACCUCGGUCCGGUUGUGGCCGUGGCUGCCGGACGAGCACACACCUGUGCCGUGAAGGCGAGUGGCGAGCUGGUUUGCUUCGGAUACAUUGAAUACAGUCAGUGCGAUGUGCCUCCCGACCUCGGUCCGGUGGUGGCCGUGGCUGCCGGAGCCAGGCACACCUAUGCCGUGAAGGCGAGUGGCGAGCUGGUGUGCUUCGGAGACAAUGACGAUGGUCAGUGCGAUGUGCCUCCCGACCUCGGUCCGGUUGUGGCCGUGGCUGCCGGACGAGCACACACCUGUGCCGUGAAGACGAGUGGCGAGCUGGUGUGCUUCGGAAACAAUCACUAUGGUCAGUGCGAUGUGCCACCAGGCUUCAAGGUUCGGCUUGCCCCACACGCCAUCCGACCAUCCACACUCGAUCCAACGCAGGAGGAGGCAUCUUGGAUUGAGCACAACAUCGGAUCCGGCUGGCAUGUCAACGACUUGCAGUCCCAGAUGCAUGCCGGACUCACUCGGGUUGUGCAUAUGCAGGUGAGCGCCGUUCAUAAGAAGCUGAACGAAGUUCUUGAGCAGUCCACGGCCUUGCAGCCAUGCCGGCAGGCCCUGCAAGAGGAGGGCUUGGACUGGCGUUUGCCGCCAUCUGGAGCAAAGAUCUUCAUGGAGCCUGUCUGCUUCCGAGCCAUCCGAAGAGGUGAGGCGAGUGCUCCGGCAGAUCCCCGCAUUGGUGUGAUCCCGAGAAGCUCCCGGAGCAUCGCCUUCGCUGACUCAGAUGGGGAAGUGGUGCCGGUGAGCCGCUCUUUCUUGAACAUUCCCGCAGUGACGCUCCUCAAUCCUUCUUCCGUGUCGCAGUCCACCACAGAGGACAUUGCAAACUGUGAGCACCACUAUGUUACUCCACAAGACGUGUACAACCUUCGACUGCUCAGACUCCACGAUGAAUGGCCAGAUUGGGCCCGGCGCGUUCUGCCCUUUCUGGGAUGGCGCCCUUUGAGAGCAAGCGUCGUGGCCGCAAAUACAUACACAACAUUUGCCAUCAGUCCAGCUGGACAGCUCGUCUGCUUCGGAUGCAUUGACAAUGAGGAUGGUCAGUGCGAUGUGCCUCCCGACCUCGGUCCGCUGACCGUGACUGCGGGAAACUGGCACACCUGUGCCGUGAAGGCGAGCGGGGAGCUGGUUUGCUUCGGACUCAAUGACUCUGGUCAGUGCGAUGUGCCUGCCGACCUCGGUCCUUUGGUGGCUGUGUCUGCCAGAGGAUUCCACACCUGUGCCGUGAAGGCGAGUGGUGAGCUGGUGUGCUUCGGAAACAAUGGCUCUGGUCAGUGCUACGUGCCUCCCGACCUCGGUGCUUCGGAGGCAAUCUCUAUGGUCAGUGCGACGUCCCCUCUCGACCUCGGUUCGGUGGUGGCCGUGGCUGCCGGAGCAGAUUGCACCUGUGCCGUGAAGGCUAGCGGCGAGCUGGUUUGUUUCGGAAACAAUGCAUUCGGUCAGCGCGACGUGCCUCGCGACCUCGGUCCGAUGGUGGCCGUGGCUGCCGGAGAACGUCACACCUGUGCCGUGAAGGCGAGUGGGGAGCUGGUUUGCUUCGGACUCAAUGACUCUGGUCAGUGCGAUGUGCCUCGCGACCUCGGUCCGGUGGUGGCCGUGGCUGCCGGAAAUGUGCACACCUGUGCCGUGAAGGCGAGUGGCGAGCUGGUGUGCUUCGGAUGCAAUGGCGAUGGUCUGUGCGAUGUGCCGCCAGGCUUCAAGGUUCGGCUUGCCCCACAGUCCAUCCGACCAUCCACAUCCGAUCCAACGCAGGAGGUGCUGCAGCCCGUGCACCACAGCGAGCCACCCGCCGACAUCUCGCAAGAGGAGGGCGCUGCAAUCGUGGCCGAGCAGGAGGCAUCCUGGAUCGAGCACAACAUCGGAUCUGGCUGGCAUGGCGACGACUUGCAGUCGCGAAUGCCUACUGGACUCACUCGGGUAGUUCAUUUGACGUUGAGCCGCUCACAUCGCCGGCUGGACGAAGAAUUGGAGCAUUCCGUGGCCUUGCAGUCGUGUCGGCAGGAUCUGCAGGACGCUGGCUUGGACUGGCGUUUGCAGCCAUCUGGUGCCAAGGUCUUUAUGGAGCCUGUCUGCUUCCGAGCCAUCCGCAGCCAUCUGUCCACCAUGCGGCUGAGGCCCUGCGACAUUUUCGUCGCAGAACACCUCGAGGAAGAUGUGAGGCGAGUGAUCCGCCAGAUUCCCGGCAGCCUUUGUGUGUUCCCAAGAAGCUCCCAGAACAUGGCCUUCACAGACCCAUAUCGUGGAGUGGCCUUGGUCAGCCGCUCCUUCUUGCACAUCCCUGCAGUGACCCUCCUCAAUCCGGCCUCCGUGGCGCAGUCCACCACCGAGGCACGGACGCGCCAGGGAUACCACGGCACGAAACCGCGCAGUCUUCACAUUGUACAGCUGGUGUUCGCCACAGUGCCUUGGAGUGACUUGCUCUUAGCCUCCUCCAAAGGUGCUAUUGGUGGAGGCAUGGCCGUGAAGGCGGAAUUGGCGCUGCUUGGCGCGGACGUGGCUCCACUGGAAGAUGAGCUUGGGAAGGACUGGGCACCUGUCACGUCUGCUGGCAAGGUUCAACACCAUGUGGAAAAGCAAAGCGUGGCAACAGUCGUCGAAUGCGCCCGCCGCUUUUCGUCUCAAGGCUGCACUAGAGGAGCAAGGGUGGAACGACCUGCCGGCAGCAUGGCUCUGCGCUUGUCGGAGGACACUCACCACUACGUUACUCCACAAGACGUGUACAACCUUCUGCUGCUUGGUCACCACGUUCGUCGGACGGAUUGGGCCAAGCGCGUUCUGCCCUUUCUGGGAUGGCGCCUUUUGAGACCAAUCGCCGUGGCCGCACGUCAAAGGGCGACAUAUGCCAUCAGUGAAGCUGGACAGCUCGUAAGCUUCGGCCAAGUUGUAUAUGCUUGGCAAGGAGACCUGGGUCCCGUGGUGGCCGUGGCUGCCGGACGAUUUCACACCUGUGCCGUGAAGGCGAGUGGCGAGCUGGUUUGCGUCGGAGAUAAUUUUUUUAGUCACCUUAAUGGUCAGUGCGAUGUGCCUGCCGACCUCGGUCCGGUGGUGGCCGUGGCUGCCGGAGAGUAUCACACCUGUGCCAUAAAGGCGAGUGGCGAGCUUGUUGGCUUCGGAAGCAAUCGCUAUGGUCAGUGCGAUGUGCCUCCCGAUCUCGGUCCGGUGGUGGCCGUGGCCGCCGGAUAUUAUCACACCUGUGCCGUAAAGGCGAGUGGCGAGCUGGUGUGCUUCGGAGACAACGACGAUGGUCAGUGCCAUGUGCCUCGCGAUCUCGGUCCGGUGGUGACCGUGGCUGCCGGAGAAGGUCACACCUGUGCCGUGAAGGCGAGUGGCGAGCUGGUGUGCUUCGGAGACAAUGGUUGGGGUCAGUGCAAUUUGCCUCGCGAUCUCGGUCCGGUGGUGACCGUGGCUGCCGGAGAAGGUCACACCUGUGCCGUGAAGGCGAGUGGCGAGCUGGUGUGCUUCGGAAACAAUGACUAUGGUCAGUGCGAUGUGCCUGCCGACCUCGGUCCGGUGGUGGCCGUGGCUGCUGGAGAAGGUCACACCUGUGCCGUGAAGGCGAGUGGCGAGCUGGUUUGCUUCGGAAGAGAUGAACAUGAUCAGUGCGAUGUGCCGCCAGGCUUCACGGUUCGGCUUGCCUCACAGUCCAUCCGUGCACUCACCCCCGAUCCAACGCAGGAGGUGCUACAGCACGUGCAUCACAGCGAGCCUGCCGCCGACAUCUCGCAAGAGGAGGGCACUGCAAUCGUGGCGGAACAAGAGGCAUCUUGGAUCGAGCACAACAUCGGAUCUGGCUGGCAUGGCGACGACUUGCAGCCUCGGAUGAAUGCUGGACUCACUCGGGUGGUGCAUUUGACGUUGAGCCGCUCGCAUCGCCAGCUGUGCGCAGAUCUGGCGGAGUCUCCGGUCUUGCAGCCGUGUCGGCAGGCCCUGGAAGCGGAGGGAUUCGGCUGGCAGUUGGAGCCCUUUGGGGCCAAGAUCUUCAUGGAGCCUUCGUGCUUCCGAGCUGUACGCAGCCACCUGUCAACGCUGCGUCUCAGGCCCUGUGACAUCUUUGUCGCGGAAGACCUUGAGGAAGAAGUGAUGCGCGUGAUCUGCUCACUCCCCUACAGCCUUGGCGUGGUCCCAAGAAGCUCCCAGGACAUCGCCUUCGCUGACUCGGACGGGGAAGUGGUCUUGAUCAGCCGCUCCUUCCUGAACAUCCCGGCAACCACGCUCCUCAAUCCGAGCUCCGUGACGCAGUCCACCACAGAGGCCGGUGAGCUGCGGGGUCCCAUGGAGCUGUUAGGCCUGCACAAUCCGCAGGGCGGGCCACGUCUGUGCGUCUUCGGCCGCGACCUUCACCACCUGUGCUGGCUAUGUGCGCACAGGCACCGAAAAGGGCAGGCAUUGCCUUACAACGUGGCAGACACUGUGCUGCGGUUUCUGACGGUGCUGUAUGAGUGUGGUGCGGAGUGCCAAAGUCGAGUCGCAGCCACUUCUAGAAGAACAUAUGCUAUUGAUUCCAACCGCGAGCUGGUUCGCUUCGGAGUUGGUGGUGACGAUGGUGUGCCAUCAACUCUGGCUGGACCUCUAUCAUGCAUUGCUGUAGGGCUCUCCCACGUGUGCUUGUUGAAGGAAUCCGGAGAUCUCCUAUGCUAUGGCGACACUGUCCCUCCGAACUUGGGCCCUGCUGUUGCAGUCACUGCGGGCUUCUACCACACCUGUGUCCUGAAGGCAAGCGGAGAGCUCGUCUGCUUUGGCUCGCGUGGGCCGAGUUGCAAUGUUCCGCCGGGCCUUGGUCGGGUCAUAGCGGUGGCUGCGGGCCAACAUCACACCUGCGCUGUUAGGGCAAACGGCGAGCUAGUUUGCUUCGGUGGCAAUCAGCGUGGGCAGUGUGAUGUUCCGGUGGAUCUAGGCCCUGUCUCUAGUGUGGCAGCCGGGCUUAGCUUCACUUGCGCCGUGACUGCACAUGGUGAGUUAAUCUGCUUUGGCAGCAACAGCCAUGGGCAGUGUGACGUGCCACCAGACCUUGGCCCGGUGUCAGCGGUGGCAGCGGGCUACGCGCACACCUGUGCUGUAAAGUCCACUGGCCAACUCGUCUGCUUCGGAGGCAACGAUUAUGGCCAAUGCGAUGUUCCUGCCGAUCUUGAUCCUGUCGUCGCCGUGGCGGCAGGUCCGCACCACACCUGUGCAAUGACAGAUCGUGGCAUGUUGGUCUGCUUUGGAGACAACCAGUUUCGACAAUGCGAGAUCCCAGCGAGCUUCCGACUCCGUGUAUAG